AUGCACCUCUUUUUGAUCCGCCAUGGUGAGACAGUCGACAAUGUGGCCGGCUUACUAGCUGGGAGAAGAGAUUCAGCCCUCACCAACCAUGGUUACGAACAAGGCCGUCGCCUCGGCGACUACCUCGCAGACACUCGACAGCCUCUGACCCGCAUCUUUGCCUCGCCGCUGCAGCGCGCCUACAAGACUGCCAGUCUCUUGGCUGCGAAGCAAUCCACCAGAGACUUGACUGUCAGCACCGUCCCUUACCUGAUGGAACGCGACUUUGGCUUUUACGAGGGCAAGACCAAUGCUGUCAGAAAGGGUCCCGAUCGCGAGAGACACAAGAAGGAGCCAGGCUUCGUGGAUGUCGAAUCGAAAGAUGCUCUUGCACGCCGCGCCGACAUGUUCUUGGACCAACAUCUCUUGCCCAUGUUGGAUGACGAGGCCGACUUCGGCGGUGCUGCAGAGCAUCUUGUCGCUAUCGUGUCUCAUGGCAUCUUGCUGUCAAGCCUUUGGCGAAGACUGUUGCUCCGCUUGGGCCCAAAGAGUGUGACCGUCUCGCGUGACGUUGUUGCGUCUCAAGGUCCAGUCGUGCUUGCGCACUUGGGCGGAUGGAGCAAUACUGGCUUCCUCGAGCUGUCCGUACAGAGCGCAGAGACCGAUGCAAGCUCGAGGUCGAACACGGCCGCAGUUAGCCCUGCCGCAUCUUCCGAAGACGCUGUCACGGCCGCUGAUGUCUCGUUGCCCAGGAGCCCUAGCGUCACUGCGAUCGAUGCCGUACCUCCACAGCUGAUGACCGAGUCUUCAGAAGCAGAGCUGCCAACAGACCAACUCGACACCGUUGGCGAUGUAAGUGUCACAAAAGAUGCCGUCGACCCUGAGCGUAGUGAAGUCGAACACCUCAGACUACUUGCAGGCUACCAUACCACCAUUCUCGUCGUCAAUGGUCAACAGCACCUCACUGGCCUGAAACGACAGCGCGGUGGUAUUGGUCGAGCUGAGCAUGAUGACAAACAGCAAACCAUGACUACUUUCUUCAAGAGAGCCAGAAAGGAUUGA